AUGGCAGGAACCAGUCUUGGGGCGCGCUUAUACCGCCAGAUCAAGAGACAUCCCGCGCUCAUCCCGAUGAUCGGCUUCAUUGGCCUGGGCAUGGGCAGCGCGGCGCUCUACUUGCUGCGGCUCGCCCUGCGCAGCCCCGAUGUCUGCUGGGACCGAAAGAACAACCCAGAGCCCUGGAACCGCCUGAGCCCCAAUGACCAAUACAAGUUCCUUGCAGUUUCCACGGACUACAAGAAGCUGAAGAAGGACCGGCCAGACUUCUGAGCCUGGCUGGGGCACAUCAGCCAGCCUCCUCCUUUCCUCUACUCUCUGCCCCCAGCCUCCAGGGCGCCACUUCGUCACCCAGUCCAGCUCCUGCGUACACAGGCCUGGUUCCCACGCCAAGGGGAGGCAGCUCCACCCCCACCCUCUUCCCUUACUCCCAGCAGCGGAAGCGCCUCUGACCCUCAGCUUUAGUCUCACGCAGGGGAUUGGGGGUGGGAGAGUUAGGAGGUGGGGAAGCAGUGGGUUGACCCAAAAGACCCAAGGCAGCUGCCCCUCUGCUAAGCUACCAGGGGCCCUGUAGGGUGUGGCACAGGCUACGUGCUGAGCGUGGCCAACG